UUGUCUCCUUAAUACGGCAACAAAUGUCAGAGUAAUCCCCGUCGAUACAUUUCUACCGUGACAGUGAAGCGGUUGACUCCAGGUUCGUUUUUAUGUCGUCGUGUCUGUCGACACUCAUGAAGGCUCACAGUGGUGAGGUCACAGUGUUUGUUAGGAUCAGACCAACGGCUAACUUCAACAAAACUCUCAUUGAAUGUCUACCCGAUGAGAAGACAGUAAAUAUCCAUCACUGGAAAGACUCCAGGCAGCUCCAUGAAAGAAGGAAAAGUCAUCUGAGCUCCCAGUCAUUCAGACUGGAAGGCGUCCUGCGGGAUGUAUCCCAAGAGGAGGUCUACAUCCGAGUGUGCCGACAGGUGGUACUGGGAGCACUGGAUGGCUAUAAUGGUACUGUAAUGUGCUUUGGGCAGACAGGUUCAGGAAAGACUUACACGAUGACAGGAUCCACAGAAUCAUACAAGCAGAGAGGAGUCAUCCCUCGUGCCCUUCAGGAGGUGUUUCAAGAGGUGAAGAAAAGGACCGAGUGUGCCUUCUCUGUGCACCUGUCUUACCUGGAGAUCUACAACGAGACCCUGGUAGACCUGCUGUCAUCACUGCAAGGGUCCCCACACCCGUGUCCACGCAGCAUGGUGGUGAUGGAGGAGCCAGGCAGAGGUGUAUUCAUCCGAGGUCUGUCACUUCAUCCUGUGCACAGCGAGGAGGAGGCUCUCAACCUGCUGUUUGAGGGUGAGAUGAAUCGCAUUAUUGGUGCUCAUGCAUUGAACAGAAACUCCUCCAGGUCCCACUGCAUUUUCACGGUGCAUAUUGAGUCUCGCUCCCGGACUCUGUCUGAUGCCAAGUACGUCACCUCCAAGCUGAAUCUGGUGGAUCUGGCUGGGUCAGAGAGGCUGGGAAAGACUGGGUCGGAUGGUCAGAUGUUAAAGGAAGCUGUAUAUAUCAACAAGUCCUUGUCAUUCCUGGAGCAGGCCAUUCUGGCCCUGGCAGACCAUCGCAGAGAUCACAUACCCUUCAGGCAGUCUAAACUCACACAUGCCCUCAAAGACUCUCUGGGAGGAAACUGCAACACUGUUCUUGUGGCCAACAUCUACGGCGAGGCUGCACAGAUAGAAGAAACAAUCUCUACUCUACGUUUUGCCAGCAGGAUGAAAUGUGUCCGGACUGAACCUGCUGUUAAUGAACGCAUGGAUCCAGCUGCUCGGAUCAAGAAACUUCAAAAGGAUGUUGAUAUGCUGAAGGAGGAACUGUCCAUGUACAAAACACUGGUAAACAAGGAGAAAAGCGUCACAUACGAACCAUUGUCUGAGGCCCAGCAGGCUGAGAUCAAAAGCCAGGUUCAGAGAUACCUAGAUGGAAGCCUUGAGGAAAUCAAUGUCCAGAGUGUCUGGCAGAUCCAAUCAGUGUUUGCCCAAUUCAAGCUUGUAGUGCAGGAGCGGGAGCAGAAGGUGAAGGCUCAGCUGUCCCAGACUCAUGGCAUGGGAUCAGAAGACCUCACAGCUGCUGUGAAGCAGGUGGAGGCUGACAGCUUUGGGGUUUCUGCCCAGUCAGCCAAAACUGUCCAUCAUCCUGAUUCAACUAGAGCGCAAAAUAAAAAGUCCAAAGACAAACGGGGGAAACAGAGAGCAGGGAGUCCAGCUUGUAGGAAGCAUUUGGAAAGUUCCUCCAAAUCAACACUGACCUCUGUCCAGACACCUGAGAGAGAACACGAGUCACAAGAGCCAGACACAGAGAGCCAGGACACGUCACAAUCCCAGCCCCCUGGCGAUGAACCCCCCCAUGACAACUCCCCUCCUUCAAAAGAAGAAGCCUUUGAGGAUUUUAAAGUGGGACAAGGCAGCAAGAUCAACAGCAUCCUUAAGGAGAACAAGGCAGUGCUACUGGAACGCCGCAGUCUUCUACGACAGCUCACUGAGGAGGUGAACACCAUCAAAAGAGAGAUCGACAUCAUCACAGCCACUAUACAGCAGCACAAAGAGAUGAGAAAAGGUGAAUAUAUGGUUAUGGGGGAAGAAUCACCGCAGCAGGAGGCAGAUUCCAUUUUACUGAUGCAGCUCAGAGAUUUGAGGGCACUUUACCGCCAGAGAUGUGAAGUGCUGCGUGAUAUCAAGGCAGAAGUGAAUUACUGCCAGCACCUUGUGGAUCAGUGCAGGGCAAGACUCCUCUCAGAAUUUGAGAAUUGGUAUGAGAAAUCUUUCCUGUUACCUGAUGAGGAGCUUUGCAUGAUUACGGAGACCCAUGCACAUGGAGAUGACCAGCGACUGCCAUACGAGCCACAUCCUGAUGGCAGCAGCUCUGAGUCCUUCUACAACGCCCGUCACAGAACACUGAAGAGAAGGAAUAGCAGGGCAACAUCAUCGGCUCCAGUGCAAAGAAACUCAUCUGCAGGACAGAGGAGACUUCCUCCAAUUUAACCCUGUUACACCUAAGUGAAUUUUGUAUAAAAUAAGGCUGUUAACUACUGCAUCUAAGUGUGUGCAUUGUAAAUGGGAUUACCUCCUGUUAAGUAUGCAUUUGCCCGAUUUAUAUUUUCCCUAAAUUAAUUUAUGGAUUGCAGUAGGGUUGUCAGAAUAUCACAACUUUGAAUUGAACAUAAAGGAAAAAUGAAAUGUUCAUGCCUGUUUUGAUAUCACAGAUGAUAAUUGUA